AGCAGUUUGUGUGGACAUCCAGACGAGGAUAGCCGGAGCGCACCGGGUGCUUCUCCGUCCUGGACACGAUUUUGCCUUUUUCAUUACAAGUGCUGGUGAGACCAGAGGGUUAUUCCCUGCAGAGGGAACGCUGAAGGAACAUCAUGGCAUUAGCGGGAUGCCCUGACUAUUUCUUACGUCAUUCGAACUACCAGGAAAGGAUGGACCGCACUUCCACUCGCAGGCCUGACGAGCUUAUUGUUCCUGGCUUUCAGCGCUCAGCCAGUCAGAAUUUGCCACAUCACCAUGAUGAUGACGUGGAUCUGGAGCAGCUGGUGAAUGACAUGAACUCCUCUAUGGAGAGUGUGUACUCCACACAGACAGACACGGCAGUUCUUCUAAACAACGGCCACGCCCCUCACCACCACCAUCAGGUGCACUCUUCCUACCUGGGACACAGCCGUCGCCACACCCCAGCCCUGCCCCCUUCUUCCCCCUCCAGAGAAAGGCUGAGACACUCUCAACCCAUGCACAUCAAAGCUGUCAGGAACCUGCAGGAAGAGCACCAGCUGCGUCCAGCCUCGCUGCCAGCCAUCCCCAACCCUUUCCCUGAGCUCUGCAGCCCAACUGGAUCCCCUAUUCUGAGCCCCAUACAGACCUCUGACAACCAUAUAGUGAAGGUGUGGAGCGAGGAUGGGGCCGGUAAAGUCGUGGAGAUCCCGGCCGACAUGACGGCUCGAGAUGUGUGCCAGCUGCUGGUCUACAAGAGCCACUGCCUGGACGACAGCGCCUGGUCGCUGGUGGAGCACCACCCCAUCCUCGGCAUUGAGAGAUGUGUGGAGGACCACGAGCUGGUGGUUCAGGUUCAAGCCUCCAUGAGCGGUGACAGUAAAUUCCUCUUCAGGAAGAACUAUGCCAAAUAUGAAUUCUUCAGGAACCCCCUGAACUUUUUUCCGGAGCAGAUGGUGGCUUUUUGUCAGGAGUCUGAUGGCUCAAUUCCUCCGUCACAGCUCUUACAGAACUUUCUGAACUCGAGCAGCUGUCCAGAGAUUCAGGGUUAUCUGUAUGUGAAAGAGCCUGGACGCAAGUCCUGGAAAAAGCUCUACAUGUUCCUGCGCCGCUCCGGCCUUUAUUACUCCACUAAAGGAACAUCCAAGGAGCCCCGGCACCUGCAGGUACUGUCAGACCUGGAGGACAGUAACGUCUUCACCGUCAUCACGGGCCGAAAACUUCACAACGCCCCCACGGACUACCAGUUCUGCAUCAAGCCCAGCAAAGUGAGGAGCGACUGCAAGGAACUGAAAAUGCUGUGUGCGGAGGACGAGCAGAGCAGGACUUGCUGGAUGACCGCCUUCAGGCUGUUCAAAUACGGGAUAGUGCUGUAUCAGAGCUACAACGUGCCCCAGCACAGGAAGUCUAACCUCUCGCCUUUUACUGCACCUGUGCGAAGCGUAUCUGAGAAUUCCCUGGUUGCCAUGGACUUCUCCGGGCGGACCGGUCGCGUCAUCGACAACCCCAUCGAGGCCCAGAGCGCCGCCCUGGAAGAAGGGCAUACCUGGAGGAAAAGGAGCCAGCGUAUGAAUGUCUUGGGCAGUCCCAGUCCCCUGCAUCCAUCUUCUCUGAGCACAGUGAUUCACAGGACACAGGUGUGGUUUCAUGGUCGUAUCAUGAGAGAGGAAGCCCACAAAAUGAUGAUACAACAAGGCCAAGUCGAUGGGUUAUUCUUGUUGCGGGACAGUCAGAGUAAUCCCAAGGCAUUCGUGCUCACCUUGUGCCACCACCAGAAGAUCAAGCACUUCCAGAUCCUACCGUGUGAGGAGGACGGUCAGGUAUUCUUCAGCCUCGACGACGGCGCCACCAAGUUCACCGAUCUGAUCCACCUGGUGGAGUUUUACCAGCUUAACAGAGGAGUGCUGCCCUGCAAGCUCAAACACCCAUGCACCGCUGUGGCCUUGUGACACUCCUCCCCCCAAACCUUUCUUUGCACACCUCUCUCCCUGUGAUCCCCCUCCCUCCCCUUCUGUCCCCUUUACCCCUUCCCUUACCAACGCAGUGGGGGUUGAGGAGAUGGAGAAAAGUUACGUCCUGUUUUGCGGAUGUGAACAACUCUGCAGGAGCCGGGACUGGAAGUCGAUGUCCCCCAGUGGGUGACGUUCGUCUCCACCUUACUGCUGCUCGGUUGUUUGAAUGAGAGCUGUUGGGACAGGCCAAGUGUCGAAGACUGUGGACUCCUGCGGUUGUUUUGUUAUUGGUGUUCAGACCCCAGAGAAAGACCAGCGUGAUGUGAAACCACAAGAUGGCUACAGUAUGUUUCCAGUGGGUCUCUUGGAUGGAUCCCUUCCUUUAGAGUCCCAAACCCUUCAGCCCCACCCACCCACCUUCCCCAUCCUCCAGGCCUGAUAAGCUGUGGUGCCCGCCCUGUCCUCGAUACCGAGGUGGGCGGGGAGCGCCACCUUCUGACUUCCUCAAUGAUCAUCAGGGAUGGACGGGAACCUCCCUGGGUCCCAUCAAACUUGAUCCAGGAGUUUUCUCAACCUGUGCAGUCCAGUCUGGAUAAGCUGACACCCUGCCCUCCACCCCCCGGAAACACCUUAGCGGGGCAUGACGUGGCAUCGCUGCCGUGUCCCGACCCACAGACCCCUGAUGCAACCCCAAUCCCGCCUCCACACGAGCUCAGAAAAAAGUCGGGAGAGAAACGAGAAGUCGCUGAAAGGCAAGACGAGCAGAGCAGGGGCGAGGGUUUGCUGAAAGGACAGAGGAAUGUUUAUCAGGAAGGCUGUACAAGCCUCUCUUGUAGAGUUGAUUACUUGAUGUCAUUUUAAUGCUGUUUUAUUACUGUUGAUUCAAUGAAGAACUUGUUUUGCACUCCCGAGCGGACAGACGACAGCUCUUUAGCUAAGAGAAGCUGCCUCCUCUUCCUCCUUCACUCCCCUUCUGAAAAGCACGCAUGUGAAUUUCCAUCAGCUCUGACUGGAUUACGGUGGUGUGGGAGCACAGUCACAUCAUGCAGUGCUUUCCAGUAAGGUUUAAGAACAUCUAACUAACCUCCCCAGCCUCGUGUGUCGUACCAACAAGACCACAACAAUUAAAAAACAUGAAUGUGCUCUUGAACCAGCUGUAGGUGUCUCAAGACUUUAAGGAAGAAGAGGAAGAUUUUCAAAUAGACUCACUUAAAAGUGUGUCGAACCCCAAGCUUUCUACCAUUUCGGUCUUUUUUUUUUUUUUUUCAAUCAAAAUGGUUAUUUUAUCUGUUGGUGAAUUUGUCUUUGAAUGUUUUCCUUUUACUAAAUAAUUUCUGAGCUCUCUGCUUGCACAUUUUUAAAAAUCAGCCUGAUUUGUUGUCGAUGGGUUGGAGCUGUCGUGUCGGAUUCUGACCACUGUUCCCUCGUUGAAAGCAACAAAAGCACUCGCGAAACUUUUAUUAAAAACAUUUUAAAUAUGGAAUUUGAACAAAUGACUUGAAACGUGAACUCAGUUGUCUGUGUGUCAACAAGCAGUCAAAUGAGCUUCACUCGCCUUAAGUGAAAAUUGUGAGCCUUGUGUAUAAAAUUGAAGCUAUGUUUUAAAAAGUAAUGCACAUAGAGUAACACGUUUGGGAUUUUUUUUUUCCAGGGGUGGUGGAAGAACAUCAUGAGUGGGGAGAAAUGGUGGGAGAUUUGGGAAACGGUCCUUUUUUGCUUUCUUGUCAAGAAAUGUAACACUCUUACAGGAUCUGUACGUUAAAUAUGAGGCUAAUGCUAGCGUGACUAGCAGUCUUGACUCUGUGCAGUUAUAAAAUCUGCCUACAGCCACCUCUAAAGCUCAGUAAUCAACAUGUUUUAUCAUCCUGGAAACAACAGUUUGUGAAAGUUAUCUGAUGUUUUUACUGAGCUUGGCUAGCUGGCUGUAGACUGCUAGCUAGCAUCACACAUAACUAGCUAGCUUCUCAUCUCUGCCUUCUUCUCUAACAGGAAAGCAAAAAAUAUAUUUUCCAAAAGGUCUAAAAGAUUCCUGUAAAGUAAAAAUCCAUUGGAACAAAACUUCGAAAACAUGUACUGGUGAUGCAAUCUCAGAUCUGGAUAAAAUGUCAGUCAACUCUAUAUUUAGAUAUUUCCAUUAGCUGCAUGAAGUGAGCACCAUUGCUAAACAUCAACAGGGUCGCUAAAUUACAAUCAAGCAGAAAUGGCUUCUUUCUUGAUUUCACAACCAAUCCAUCAAACAACAAAUCCACCGCUACAGAGACAUAGGAAGCUAACAUUACAGAGGGGUUUCACUUAGUUUAGUAGUACCAGGUCAUUGUUUGAGUAAAUUAAGGGCCAGCAAGUAUUUGUUUUUGUUCUUUCAUUUUGAAAAAGUAAAAGUAUUCAAUUAUUCAAGCUUCUCAAAUAACAGGUUUAGUGAACUGAACCUCUAGUUUCAGAUUGUUGUACUAGCUGUCACCUUUGGUUCUUGAGAUUUUUUUUUCAUUCUUUAUUUUUUGUAGACACGUGACCCCUAACCAUGUGACAUUAACUUGUCGGCCAUUUUGGACAUGUGACAAUGUAGGAUAAAGUGAACAAGGCCCCAAUCACACAAGCCUACAGACUGGUCUGCAACCAGCUGGAAACCACUGGUCAUGAUGGGGAAAUAAGUAUUACUUGAAUGCUUGCAAGUAGUUAAUGGAGGUUGAUGGUUUUCACUCGAAAAAUAAAGUCUCAGUCACACAGGCCUUCCGAGUGGUCAGUGACCCCUAUUUUUCCCCAAUGACCCACCCAGCGAGAGCCACCAACCUCCUGGAAGUACUACCAACCAGUCCGUAAAUACGUUUCCCUGACAACCAGUGGUUGUAUCGUUUCUAAUAUGAUGCCACGUGAGAAAUCUCAGUACGCCAAAAUUUAACCAAAAUCUUCUAAAUUGACUAAAUUGGAUGUUAGCGAUGGUUAGUCUGUAAGUCUAACUGCUGUGAUAGUAGAUCUCAUGGAAAACAUUUGUCACGUGAAUGUGUCCAAAAUGUGUUAGCUUUUUACUGUUUCGGUUUCCUUGAAUUUUUGGUUGAACGCUAGCUUUAUACUAGAACAUACCACAUGUAUGUUACAGAGAAGGAGUUUGCUAAUAGGUGGCUAAAUGCUAAACACAGAACCUUAACCUUAUGCCUAAUCUUAGCAUUCAUGGUUCAAAACUCAUGAAAGUGGCAUCAGUUUGUGAAUCAGUCGGUAUCAUAAGCUUUUUUUCCCCCUCCACCCUUCCCUCAAUUUUUUUUUUUUUUUUGUGUCAUUUGGUCCCAUUACUGGCUUUUUGUUGAGGGAACCAGGGUAACGCUAACUUUUGGAUUCACCUACGUAGGAUCAUCCCACAGGCGCUCCUUAAGCAGUCUGGAAAAUGAACUGAAAACAACUCAUAGCAGGUAAAGCAGAAAAAGUUGGUCUACUGAAAAAAAUGAGCUGUCAUCAACCAAUUCAUGACAUGUAGGAGAAAAUGCCAAUUGUUGAUGCUGUUGCCAGGUCUCUAAAAAUGAAUCUGUAAUAGUCAGCAUAGAGAUCAGUUCCAAAGAAUUAGAUUCACAUAGAAAUUCCACUCGAAGUAGCUUAAACAGAUCACGAGUUAGUUUAUUUUUGACCUUAUUUAUAGUAACAGGAAAAAGAUGCCCAGGAAAGGAGACGAGGAAUCCUUUUGUCAUUCCUACUGUCACGUGACCAACCGAACGCGUGUGACAUAACACCUGCUUUAGCUUUUGUGCAGCACCCGUCCCGCCCUCACCUGCAGUUUCCAUCCAUCUUACCCCAGAUUCACAGGGUUAGAAUGAGGUCGCCAGACUCUAAGCACCGACACUGAUACACACACAGACACACACACAAUCCACUGCCGCCACCAGCCAACUAAUCGCGUGACUUAAACGACUCACCAGCUCUGCACUCCACCAAUCAGGCCUUUCUGGUCAGUCAGGUCAGACUCUCUCCAGGGAUUGGAUAAUGCUUGAAUCCCCCGCCCCCCUCUCCCACCUGUGUCCAGCCUGUAAGCUAUAUGACCCUGUGGUAAAUGUGUGUGUUGGUGUGCGGAUGACCAGACUGUUAUAUUCACUCUUCAGGAAGUCUGCUGGCUAACAUGCUUGCCCUUUUAGAGGCGGUAAGAAGACAGUCUGGUAAAGUUGGGGGGUAAGCUGCAGAUUUAGAGGAGAUGGGAGUUUGACUGGAAGUUUCCCAGCAUUCCCGGUCAUCAGUUUAGGUUCUUCCCUGUCUGACAGAGGAUGAAAGCCACGUCACUAUGGGUCAGCAGGGACAAAAUCACCGUCCUCCCUCCAUUUUUUUUUAAGUCACUGUGCUACAAUGCAAUCGUUCACACAAGUCCAAUCAUAUGAAUAUAUACCAGUAUAAAGUCUUGUUUUCAAAGUAUGUGAAGCUAUGGAGAAGAUGUAGAUCUAACACUGUACCUAGGUCACAGAUCACUAUGUAUGGGCUGUUAUGCUUUUGCUCAUAACUCCAUGUAAAAUCAAGAAUGAUUUGUUCUUUCCUUUUUUUUAUUAUUUGAUUGUGUGUAUGACUUUAUUGUGUAUUGUCUUUGGUUUGCCACAAAAUGACGUAUACCACAGCAUAUACAGUAUUAAUUAAAUUAAACAUAUUUUUUUUUAUUUUAAGAAAUCAAACUGGAUUUUUGGCACGUGUCAAAUUUCUAAACUUCAGUUGUGUUUAUAAGCUGACAGGCUGUCGGAGUCUUCAUCUCUGCCAGGUUUCAACUCUUUCAGUAUUCCCUCUCUGUCAUUUAUACUCCAUGUUUGGAUAUUAAGCCCACACACACACACACAGCAUUGUUUUUUGAUGGAGAGCGCACACGCUAAUUCUUAAGCUUUUCAUCAUAAGUAGUGCAAUUAUAAGCUGUAGCUCCAGAGGAUUGUGCAUCUCAUUAUAAUGUCUAUGUUGUCUGAUUAUUUUUCUUAAAGGUGCGUAACAUUUUUUUGUAUUCUCUCGCAGCACGUGCCUCUUUCUGAAACGGUCACAGCUCCCUAGUUGCCGUCCGUCCACUCUCACACUGCGUUUCAAAUUAGCUGUGACUGUGAAAUGCAACCUUACCAGAACUAAAUGCUAAUGUGGACGUCACACGUCAGUCCCACUGAACUUCGGUGACUUACAGUAUAGGUGCAAGUGAAGCUAACUCAGUGUUUUUAUUGCUGGGUCAAAGUCAUCAUAAGUUGAAGUCAAAUAUAACAUUUCAGGGAGGAAAAAACAAAAACAAAGGAUCAAAUGAACUGUAAUCAUUUUUUCUCACGUACACCCCUCCACUGUGCUUUGCUUCAUUCUGUCUGUGCGGCUCCUGGAUCUACAUUGUAUCCUUUUCAGGUAUUUUUUGUACAAAUAAGGGACUGAUAUAUUCUCUGUUUAUUGGAAAUUAGAAUAAAAGACAACAUUGCUAUAAACCAAA